AAAUGUUUAUCAGUAAACUGUACAGUCCAAAGUAAUAUAUAAGUUGAUUUAAGCCACCAGCUGAAGGGGUGUAAUUUAAGCAGUAUUAGAUUUUUAAAGAAUAUUUAUAAUAAAGUUAUCAAUAUGGCUACGCUUUCUCAAUCAACUGUGGGUAAAGGCUCUGAUUCAUUUACAGACUUUUGUUGUUCACCGUGUCUAGAGCACAAAAUUGACCAGUUGGCAGAAUUUUACUGUGAUAACUGUAUUAAAUUUUAUUGUGCAAAAUGUAUAAACCUGCAUGGGCAGUUGUUUGGAAAACAUGUGACAUAUGGAAGGGGAUACAUAAGUAAGUGGCCAUUGUCCAAGGAAGUAGAGGAUUUUCUUCAGAAAUGUGACCUUCAUGAAGACAAACGGCUAAAAAUGUUUUGCAAUGACCACAGUCAGCUGUGCUGCACUAAUUGUGCUUUUCUCAAUCACAGACAAUGUGCUAAAGUAGCGCUGAUAUCUGAGUCAGUCACAGGAUCUCCACCAGACUUGCAGCAACUAUCAAGAAAGAUUCAAAGUGUUCUUGUAGAACUGAAGAAACUUCAGCAUUAUUGGGACACCAACAUGCAGUCUUUGCAGGUUUCUUACAACAAACAACUACAUGAAAUACGGGACUCACGCCAGGAAAUAAAUACAAUUUUAGACGAGAUUGAAAAGAAUACCAUACAAGAGCUAGAUGGAAAGAUGACGAGUCUGAGAGCUUCUGUCAAGACAAACGUGGACAAUUGCAGCAAGCUUCAAAAUGAACUGAAACGACUCAGUGAUACAAUACAUGACAUUGUUGAUAAGGGCAAAGCAGAACUCUCAUUUAUUGCAAGUAAGAAAUGUCUGGAAAAAAUUAAUCAGUCUGAAACUUAUCUGACAGAGAAUUUAGUUCAGGUAGAAAGUUCACUGAUAUUCCAGGCCGAUAAUGAUGUUCAACAGCACUUGUCUAAAUUGUCUGGUCUGGGGAGGAUUGUGGUAUGUACUCAGGCUGUGCCUCUGCAUGAUGACCCAGACCAGGUAUUAGCUGUGCAAGGAAAGUCAGAGUACGAUGUGAGCAUACCAAGUGAUUCACAGAAGACUUAUGAUAUAUGUGCAAUCUGUGUCCUCUCAAAUGAUCAGAUCCUUGUGGCAGAUUAUAAGAAUAAAAGAGUUAAGCUACUAGAUCAUCAAUACCAGGUUGUGGGACAUAGUGAUUUCUUUGUACUUGAUCAUCAAUACCAGGUGGUGGGACAUUGUGAUUUUACUGCUGAGCCACAUGACAUGUGUCAAACCACACACAGUGAAGUUGCUGUUGCUGUGACUGACUAUAUUAAGACGCAUGAGGUCCAGUUUGUCUCGGUGAAUGACGGGCGGCUGGUUAAGGGCAGGAAGUUACAAUUUCAACAUCAAUGUAGUGGAAUUGCUCACAAUCUGCAAGAACUGUAUCUCACUUCUGGUACUGCACUUUACAAGUAUUCAAUGAAUGGAGCCCUGUUAAACAAACUGUAUGAGGCUGGAUCAUCUGACUCCACAGUGAAUAAGUGUGCAGUGAGUCCGUCAGGUGACAAGAUAUUUGUCACCCACUUCUCCCCCAGCAAGGUCAGAGAUGGCACAGUUCUCCACACCAGCAAGGUUCUCACCCUGGCCAGAGAUGGCACAGUUCUCCACACCUUCACAGACCCAGACCUACAGGACCCAUUUGGUAUACAUGUUACAGCUCAGGGACAGGUGCUGGUCUGUGCACGUUCGUCAGAUACUAUCCUACAGCUGGAUGGUGAAGGCAAGAAGAAGCUGGCCACUCUUGCUACCAGGAGUGAUGGACUUCGUGGCCCACAGUCAGUAUUCUACAACAGGAGAAGUGCAUCUAUCAUUGUGGGUCAAAACAAUCAUAUAAAUGCAAACAUAUUGCUCGUGUUUAAAGUAAAAUAGUUUUGUUUCACAAUAUGAUGCACAAACAGUUUGGAACAUUUACUUUCAACAUGAAUGCUUUGCAAAACUAAACUUGUAUUCAGUGGUAUGUUUCAUAUCAUUAUUCACAUGGAUGAUUUAUUUUGUUGUAUUUUCAUAAUAAAAUUCUUUGCUGCAUGCAUCUUUUAUGAAGUGUUGUUUAUUUUAUGUAUAUACAUCUUUAUUAUGCUCCCACAAAAUUUAUUUUGGGGGGAGCAUAUAGUCGCUGGUUCGUCUGUCCGUCCGUCUGUGUGUCCCUCCGUCCGUCCUUGCACAAUUUUUGUUCUGGCUAUUUCUCAGCAACUAAUGACCGGAAUUCAAUGAAACUUUAUGGGAAGCUUCACUACCAAGAGGAGAUGUGCAUAGUAUCAGCGGGUUCUGGUCGGAUGAUUUCUUUACAGAGUUAUGGCCCUUUGAAAUUUUCUAUAAAAAAAUUAUUGUCCCCCCCAACUACUGUGCCCUCAAGACGUUUCCUUUUAUCUGAAUAUAUACUACAAAAAAAACUUUGGGGAGCAUCACCCGUCUCGGAAUUCUGCCUGGAUGAUUUAUUGUUUUGCCACUAAUUUUAAAAGCAAGCUAUCAUCUGUGUCACAAAAUCAAUUGGAUGGCUCCGAUUAUUAUUUUUCAUUUGAUUGUUCAUAAAUUCUGGUUGCUAUGGCAACAAAUAUAUUAAAAAAUUUUUUUUACUGACAAUGGUGGAGUUUCACCGGUAGGGGACCAUAUUGCUUGGCAAUCUCUUGCGUUUCAUUUGAUUGUACAUAAUAUGUGUAUUGUAAUAUUGAUUUAUAUCUUAGAAAUAAAGAAGAUGUAAAUAUAUAUAUAUAUAUGACUUACUUGUUGUCAUUUGUAAUGUUUUAAAACAUGUUUGUGUGAUUGUUGUGCAAAGUAAAAUUAAUUGAAGGAUGAAGUUUAGGAGAGAUGGUUUUACAUUUUCAUUUUAUUAACCAGGUUUUCCGAAGGAAAAAACUGGUUAUUAGAUUGGCGAAUGCGGGCGGGCUGGCUGGCUGGCUGGCGGGCUGGCGGAAUAAGCUUGUCCGGGCCAUAACUAUGUCGUUCAUUGUCAGAUUUUAAAAUCAUUUGGCACAUUUGUUCACCAUCAUUGGACGGUGUGUCGCGCGAAAUAA